AAGUAUGACACGUACAGGUUGUCGUUCUCCUGUGUCUCGUUUGCCUAAGCACCGCAAACAUACGAAUAGCGUCAAAUUCGAUACACCACCAACUGAAAUGAAAAGAUGUUUGGUCAAACUGAAAAAAAUGGUGCCAACUAUUGAACGAAAUAAGAAAGUUAAUCAGCUGGAAUUAUUGCAACAUGUUAUUGAUUAUAUACAAGACUUGGAAAAAACCCUUCAAUAUCCUGAGGAUAUAUUAACAUCCGUCAACGUAUCUAAAUGUUCAAGUCCUAAGGAAAAUCAAUCACUUGUGCACCUUUAAAAAUACAUAUGUUUACAAAGAAAAUAAAGAAACGUGGCGAAAAAGCGUCAUUUUUCUUUGAAGAGAAAAAGCAGUGAUAUGUACAGACAAACAUUAGCUACUACCAAUGAGCAUUAUUAACAUCAAUUGUUAUGAUUUGAUUUUCUCUAUACAUUAGUGUAUAUACAUUUACAUUUAUUUAUAAGUAUCCACUCUCGCAUUGCUUAACCAUUUAUCUUUUUCUCAAAUAUUUUAUGAUUGUACAGAAUAUUUAUUCCAACCAAUAAAUUAUACUUUCCUUGCUCGAA